CACAAAAUGGUGACAAACUACAAAUCUGUCCUCAUCCUGCAGUUCCUAUCUAUUCUUCUGUAAGCUUGUCCUAUGAAGAUCGGAGGACAGGGACGACGGCCACUUAUUCGUGUGAUGAAGGAUACGAACUAUUCGGAGAAUCCACAAGAACCUGCCUAUCGAGUGGAAAGUGGAGCGGAGAAAUUCCCAGUUGUGCCGUGAAUGUGGCAUAUGGCAAGCCAGCCAACCAGUCAAGCACCGUUAGAGGAGGCGAAGCCAGUCAUGGUAACGACGGAGACCUAACAACAGUGCACGAAAACAAAUACUGCACAGAAACCAAAGCGGAGGACUCACCCUGGUGGCAGGUGGACUUGCUGCACGCCUAUCCUGUCCGGGUUGUUCGUAUAGUUACAAGAGGGUGUUGUGGACAUCGACCAUUACAAGAUUUAGAAAUCAGAGUUGGCAACAGUUCUUCCGUCCAAGGCAAUAGGCUUUGUGCGUGGUAUCCGAAAACUCUAGAUGAUGGAGUAACCAAAGAUUUUGACUGCGCUUAUCCAAUUGUAGGACGCUACGUUUAUGUUCAAAUGGUAGGAAUCCAAGGAUCUCUCACUUUGUGUGAAGUCAUGGUCUUCACAACACAAGAAAUAUCCUCCGGUAGAUGUGGCAACCAAUUAGAACCUCUGGAACUGACUACUUUUAGCAGGACGUGUUACGAAUUCCAAGUACAAAAAGGUGGAUCAUUCGAUACUGCAGAAGAUUACUGCCGGGCUCGUGGGGGCCUUCUUCUUCAUGGGGUCCGGGACCUCACUCACCACUUCAUUGCUUCGGAGCUGGAAAGGCGAAAAGAGUCUCUCAAAUCGAAAUUGGUCUGGCUUGGCGCACAGAGAGAUCAGGGGCUGCGGGCCAGAACCUGGCACUGGGUAGACGAUACUCCUGUGCAACAAUUUCUGUGGGCCGAGGAUCAGCCAAACAACUACAAUGGUCAGCAAAAUUGUAUCGUUCUCGAUGGCGGAAGGCGGUGGCUUUGGAAUGAUGUGACAUGCGAUCUUGAUUACCUGCCUUGGGUCUGCCAAUAUAGUCCCUCUAACUGCGGCAACCCGGACCGGCAAGAGAAUUCUACGGUCCUAGAAAAAGACUUUCGACUGGGUCAGUCGGUCGUCUACCACUGCCCUACGGGGAACAAAGUUGUCGGCAAUAGGGUACGAAGAUGCGAGAGCAACGGGUUCUGGAGUGGCACCGCGCCCACCUGCCAGUAUGUCCAGUGUGGAGACCUAAAGGACAUUAACUUCGGAAGGGUGAUCUAUCCAGAAAAAAGAACAACUUACAAUGCUACAGCUGCGUAUAUUUGCGAAGAAAAUUAUACACUGGUGGGAGAUGGAGUGCGUAGAUGCACAGAGGAUGGAACUUGGAACGGAACAGAACCUAGAUGCGAAUAUCACUGGUGUCCAAGCUUGAAGGUACCCACCAAUGCUUCGAUGGAAUUGAGCGGUGUGAAAGCGGGUGACGAGGUCAAAUAUGUUUGUGACAAAGGUCACAAGUUAGUUGGUGAUGAGGUUCGGAAAUGUCAGCUUGGAGGACAGUGGACGGGAAGAGAACCUUUCUGCAAAUACGUUGAUUGUGGACGACCUCUGUCUUUGGAUAAUGGCACUUAUCAACUGAUUGAUGAAGGUCUAAGUACAUAUCAAAGUCGUGUCACCUACCGUUGUAAUAGCAAUUACACCAUCGUUGGACAUGACCAACGAACCUGCCUGGAGACUGGGAAAUGGAGUGGCAGAGAGCCCACGUGUAAACUCAUUGAUUGUGGUAAACCGGAUGUUCCCGAAGGUAUAGAAAUUCCAAAGAACGCAACAUUCACCGUUCAUUCCGAGAUUCAUUAUCGCUGUAAACCUGGCCACAAGUUGUCCGCAGUCUCAACCAAUGAUGUGAACACUUUCAAAAAUGGUGGAAAUACACUGAGAUGCAAUCCGGAUGGAAAGUGGUCCGGAAACCUUCCCACUUGUAUAUAUGUGGACUGCGGCCGAGUACAACCACUUCUUCGGGGUGAGGUUCAAUACUCAAAUGGUACUACAUACUUGAGUAGCAUGGCUAUCUAUUCCUGUAAUUCUGGAUUCCGGAUGAUCGGCACCCGUGUUAGGCACUGUACCGAGAGCGGGAAGUGGAGCGAUAACGCCCCCAAGUGCGAAGAAAUCCGUUGCUCUCCACCUGAAGUACCAAAGAAUGCAACCGUAGUUUACGGAGGUAAUGACCGGGCCUCGGCUGAUUCUUUCCGUGUCGGAUCUACGGUCCAGUACCGAUGCGUUGCUGGACACUUACCCAUCAAUGGAGAACCUCUCAGGACCUGCCUGCCUACAGGAGUUUGGUCUAAUGAGCCACCUCUCUGCAUGUAUAUUGAUUGUGGUUUGCCCUUACCUGUCCCUCAUGGCCAUUGGAUGCUGCCUUCUAAUACCACGUACUAUGGUAGCCAGGUAGAAUACGUUUGCGAUAUCAAUUACGAAAUACACGGGGCAAGAAGAAGGUUGUGUCUUGAAAACGCCACAUGGAGUAACAGCGAACCAACGUGCCAAGUGGUAUCAUGCGGUGCUCCAGACACGAAGGACGACCAGACGACUGUUGAUGGUGACAGUUACGUCGUAGAACAGUGGGUUAAUUACAGUUGCUCUACUGGAUAUGAGCUGGUGGGCAACAGCAGCCGAGUUUGUGGAAGUGAUGGAAAAUGGAGUGGAGACACACCUUUCUGCAAGUUGGUAGACUGUGGAACACCCUCAGCAAUAGCCAACGGACAAGGCUUCCUUGCUAAUGGAACCACAACUUUCCUAAGUGUUGUACAGUAUCGAUGUUUGCCCGAUUUUCAGAUGGUAGGAGAGCCUUCGAGAACAUGCCUGGCAUCGGGUGAAUGGAGCGAUCUUGAGCCAAAAUGCGUCGAUAUAGUCUUGGAAAUAGAAAAUACAGCUGAUGGUCAACACGCUGAUGGACAAGAUAUUGAUGCCUCAAAAACCAUUGGAAUUGCUAUCGCGGUUGGAGCUGGAGUUCUUCUUAUUAUCAUCAUUAUAGCAGCUGCAAUUUGCAUGAAAACGCGAAAGGCAAAGGCUAUCAAGAGCACUGGGGCUGCUGUCAUCUCAAGUCGCAUCGAUCAUAAAGAUUCGUCCUCCCUCAGGGCUUACUCAACCAUUGCCGCCAUUACUGCUGCCGAUGCUCAUAAUGGAGGUUCUGGAUUCGGAAACGGAGCAGUGAGAAACAACCCAAAUGGGUUAGUCACCUUCAGCAGCAACCCCCAGCCGAUCUACGCUAACGUGAAUGGUAAUGAUACUGAGGAGGACGGAAAUCAGCAACAAGGAGUCGUCAGGCAACUGAGGAAUGGUGUGAUCCAGAGCGAGAGCUUGUAGCAACACCCAGACCUCCUACAAACUUCUUUUGUGAAUUGUGCUGAAGGCUUAAUUUAUUGAAUAAACCUUAAACAAUGAAUUUUGGCAAAAUGUACCGUUUGCACAGAAAUGACGGGAAGAAUCUGUUUUGUGCAUCAUCUUUUUAAUGCCAAUAAAUGUUUUCACACGGUUAUGUUUGUGCAAAACACAAAUAUAAAAUUAAGGAAUGAACAGGAAUUCGGUUCUAUAGUUGAUAACAAAGGGACUUUUGCCAAAAUAAUAUUACUUCAGUUUUAUGACGGGUCAUAUCACCGAUAUGAGUAUCUAUACAAUUCAGAGAUGGCAUGCAUUAACGAGGACCCUUUCAGGGUAUUCUGUAACUCCGAGUACAAUGCGAUUUCCGAAACGGAAACUUUGAAAAACGUGUUGAUAAAACGAGCGGUAACAUGCUCGUUUGAAAACUUUUCCAAAGAAUUGAUUACUAAACAACGGGCCAUAUACAGAAACUUCGCUAUUGAAAUAAUCAGAGUUUUAUUUAUUAUUAAAGAGAAAAUAGGAGUGAAAUAUUGCUAACUAAGGAAUAUGCGAGCUAAGGAAACAGAUUUUUGUUUCGCAGCCGAGUUGUCUGAAGUGAAACUCCGUAAAAAAAUUACAUUACUUACUAAAAAAGAAACUAUAGUAAAGAUCCUACACGGAAUAUUUUCAAGAAAUUUUCUUAUUACUUUUUAAAUUGCAUGAAAUAACUCAAAAUUGUGAUGAAGUAUUUAUAUAAACUUUAUGUCCUUUUUUAUGUGAUGAAUUAUUUCUAUUAAUUCCAUGUCCAUCCGAAUCUUAAAAAAGCAACAAUUCACUUGUUGCUUUUUUGAUAUUUCAGUUAUGCUAAAAUUUAUAGCAACCUCUAAUAAUGAUGGUACUACCCUUUGGAUGUUGUUUUUUUUUCUGUUAUUUUUCGUUUUUUAUGAAAGUGAAAAGGGAUCAAUUAAUAAGAACUGUGUCAUUGAGUCAUAGUAUAUAUAUUUAAUGGUAUAGUUAAUUUUUGUCUUAAAAAGCUCUCCUUUCAUGAAAAACAUAAUGACAUUUCAAGCGAAGUUCAAUAAGCAUGUCUUUCAAACACCACUUUGAAAAGCACAUAAAAGGUUCUAAAAAAUUAUCUUAUAUUCUGUUUUACAUUCUGAUUGAAUAGGAAAAUACGAUUCUAUUAAAUGUCAUCUGUUUUUAAUCUACGCCUGUAAACAGACCUACCAGGUAGCAAACGUUUUCUUUCUUUCCCCCUCUCCAUACUUUUUACCAGAGUAUUCUUGACAGUUAAUUAAAUAUUCAGCUAAAGACGUUUAAAAAACUGCAAAAUCGUUCGAAAGACAUAAUUUAAAAUUGCUUAAAAAUACCUUUUACAUCAUUAGAUAAAAUCGUUUAAAAGACUUGAAUUUAAAGCUUUUUAAAUAGUUUUAAAAUAUUGUUAGAACAUUUAUUAGAAGAUAAAAACUCUUCUGCCAUUUCAUAUAAUGUAUGUAUAUUAAAUGAAUUGUUUUCUUUGAUUCUGUUUAAUUAAAUUAUUCCCCUGAACAACGGUUCUGAAAUUCGUAGCACCAUAUUCAUUAGAUAUUCGUUCUAUAAGGCUUUUUGGUUAAUCAGUUUUCACUGCCCUGUGUUGGCAACAGUAGUAUAUUGGUAUAUGCCUUUUUAAUUAAACACUUUCUAUCCUGUGAUGUCUAUUAAUUUUUAAUGAUGCUCUGAACAUUUAUUUUUUGUCUUUGCAUCUUUUGAGGUGAACGGCUUUUCAUAAAAAAAAUUUUAAUUUUCUUUCGUAUACACUUCACAUUAUUUUUAAUAGUAUAUUUUGACUAUGAAUGAUCCCAGUGAUUAAAUAUGUACAGUUAUUUUAUUUAUGUUUUCAGUUUCCACUUAUAUUUCCAUAUUAAAUUACUGAAUUUAUUGUUUGUUGUAUGUAUAAUAUCUAUCUUUUCUAAAUAGUUAACUGAUAAAAUUCUAGAAAAUCGCAUUAUCCGUUCUUUAGUGUUGUUUGUAAAAUUAAGUUCUUUCGUGAAAUCGAACAGGUAAGAAAUGUGAUAUUAAACAGCAAGAAAGAACUACGAUAAAAAAAAUGCGAUUUAGUUUAAAUAUUGAAAACAUUUCUUAUUUAGUGUGUUUCUAAAUUAUUUAUAGAUACUACACAUACACAUAUUUAUAUAGUACUUGUAAAUACUAUAGAAAUAUUUAAAUCUGUGAUGAUCCAUGACUUGUGCGUAUGGCUGGACCACCACUAAAACCAAAACUGUAGUUAAAAAUUUGUCAAUAAAUUUUUUUUAAUGAA